UGCCCGCGCCACUUCGGUUAACCACUCCAUCUGUUUAUAAAAAUACUGCGAACAGUCCACUCGCUCUCCGAUUGUUUACCCUUCUCAUGAAACAAAGCUCAUAAGCGACGUCGUUUCCUGGACCAACAGAAGUUCUGUAAAACAUGACGUCUGGAACGAGAAUGCCGACUUGGAAGGAGAGGGAAAACAACAAGAGACGAGAGCGCAGAAGACGAGCCAUCGCCUCCAAGAUCUACUCAGGCUUGAGAAUGUACGGUAACUACAAACUGCCUAAACACUGUGACAACAACGAGGUCUUGAAAGCUCUCUGUAAUGAAGCCGGUUGGACCGUUGAAGAAGACGGCACCACUUACAAAAAGGGUUGCAAACCUGUAGAACGCAUGGACAUUAUAGGAGGGUCUGCAUCAGCUAGUCCAUGCUCGUCAUAUCAGCCAAGUCCAUGUGUAUCCUACAAUCCAAGUCCUGCCUCAUCUUCCUUUCCUAGUCCAAGGGCAUCUCAUUAUGCUGCCAACGCAAAUGGUUCUGAUGCCAAUUUCCUUAUACCAUGGCUCAAAAACCUCUCUUCUAGUACAUCAUCAAUUUCAUCUAAACAAUCCCACCAUCUCUAUAUUCAUGCAGGUUCCAUAAGUGCCCCAGUGACCCCUCCAUUGAGCUCCCCAACUGCCCGAACUCCUCGAGCAAAAAAUGACUGGGAUGACGCUGCUGUGGGCUCAGCCUGGCCCAUGCAGCAAUAUUCUUUAUUGCCAUCAUCAACCCCACCAAGUCCUAGCCGCCAAGUCCUACCUGAUUCAGGAUGGCUUGCAGGAAUUCAGAUUCCCCAAAGUGGUCCUUCGUCUCCUACAUUCAGCCUUGUUGCACGAAAUCCAUUUGGGUUUAGAGAGGAGGUUUUGUCAGGUGGACCAUCACGAAUGUGGACUCCAGGACAAAGUGGGACCUGCUCUCCUGCAGUUCCUGCCGGCUUUGAUCAAACGGCAGAUGUUCCAAUGACAGAUGGUAUUGCAGCUGAGUUUGCAUUUGGCUGUAAUGCAACUGGUUUAGUGAAGCCUUGGGAAGGAGAAAGGAUCCAUGAGGAAUGUGUAUCUGAUGAUCUUGAACUUACACUUGGAAACUCCAGAACCAGAUAAAAAAAUUGUAUAAGAGGUCCAGUGUCUUGAUUUGGCGUUUUCAUUGCUUGUGCAAUAUUCCUCUUCAAAUAAUCUAGUGUCUACAGUUGGGCAAGGCAGCUGAAUUUGGAAGUACAGUGAGUAGGAUUAUCUUUCUUUUCCCUUUUUUUCUUUCUAUUUUCCUAACCGAAAAAAAAAGAAAGAAAGGAAAGGACAAAAAGUUGAAAUUAUAAAGAGUUCAUGGUGGUAAGUUUGCCCCUUUGGUUCAAUUCAUACAUAUGUUCCUUGUUUCCUUCAUCACAUUUAGAAUUUCCCAUCGCAGCAUCAGUACAUUGUGUUUGGUAUCUUGGUGUGAUUUUUGGUUUGUGAUUAAAAGGGAGUUGGGAUGUCAAAAAUUAGAUGAUUGUUUUGAAAUUACUAGUGCACCUCUACCUCAGUUUAAUUUUAUUUCA